GCGCACCAACACACACAACAUUGAACAAUUUGACUACAAUGUCAAGUCUCACCUCUCUAUACUCUGCAACUUCAGUAUCAGCAUACAUUCAAUCUCACAACCACACCAAAUUUACGUACAAUAAUGCAAAAAUCACCUUCAGGGCACGACCCAUCUUCUCUAUUUCUACCAGAACCCUCCGUUGCAGCAUUUCUGUUGCCUCUAAAAAGGGUGAUUCUCGUGGUGAUGCCAAGGGUUUAACUCAUAUUGCUAGCUCCAAUUAUUGGGUUGUUAAGGAUUAUAACCGCCUUGUGAAUUCUGUUAAUUCGCUUGAACAGGCAAUCCAACAGCUUUCUGAUGACCAGCUGGCUGCAAAAACCGUGGAGUUUCGCAAUAGACUGGCUCAAGGGGAGUUACUUGCAGAUAUUCAACCUGAAGCAUUUGCUGUUGUUAGAGAAGCUGCUAGAAGGAAGGUUGGAAUGCGUCAUUUUGAUGUGCAGAUUAUUGGGGGUGCAGUGCUUCACGAUGGGUCUAUCGCUGAGAUGAAAACUGGGGAAGGAAAAACCUUGGUCUCCACAUUGGCUGCAUAUCUUAAUGCCUUGACUGGACAAGGUGUUCAUGUCGUUACUGUCAAUGACUACCUAGCUCAAAGAGAUGCUGAGUGGAUGGGCCGUAUUCAUCGUUCCCUUGGUCUUUCUGUCGGCCUUAUACAAAAAGGGAUGACGUCUCAGGAAAGGAAGCGCAGCUAUGGAUGCGACAUAACAUACACAAAUAACUCAGAACUUGGUUUUGAUUAUCUACGAGAUAAUCUUGCUGGAAGCAAUGGUCAACUUGUGAUGAGAUGGCCAAAACCUUUCCACUUCGCAAUAGUUGAUGAAGUUGAUUCUGUUCUAAUAGAUGAAGGAAGAAACCCUUUGUUAAUAAGUGGCGAAGCAAGUAUGGAUGCUGCAAGAUAUCCAGUUGCUGCAAAAGUAGCUGAGCUGCUCACACUAGGACUUCACUACAAUGUGGAGUUGAAGGACAACUCAGUUGAACUUACUGAGGAAGGAAUUGCGCUUUCAGAGAUGGCAUUAGAGACAAAUGACCUUUGGGAUGAGAAUGAUCCUUGGGCUAGAUUUGUUAUGAAUGCUUUAAAGGCCAAGGAGUUCUAUCGGCGGGAUGUCCAAUACAUGGUCAAAGAUGGGAAGGCUCUCAUCAUAAAUGAGUUGACUGGCAGAGUUGAAGAGAAAAGAAGAUGGUCUGAGGGGAUUCACCAAGCUGUGGAGGCUAAAGAAGGUUUACGGGUUCAGGCUGAUUCAGUUGUUGUGGCACAAAUCACAUACCAAUCACUAUUUAAGUUAUAUCCAAAGCUUUCAGGGAUGACAGGGACUGCGAAGACGGAAGAGAAAGAAUUUUUAAAAAUGUUCCAGGUGCCCGUUAUCGAAGUGCCUACAAAUCUGCCAAAUAUACGUAAUGACUUGCCUAUACAAGCUUUUGCAAAUGCAAGAGGAAAGUGGGCAUAUGUUUGUGAAGAAAUUGUGUCAAUGUUUAGGCUUGGUCGACCCGUUCUUGUUGGCACCACUAGUGUUGCAAAUUCGGAGUACUUGUCUGCUCUGCUGAUGGAGCGAAAAAUCCCCCACAAUGUCCUCAAUGCAAGACCCAAGUAUGCUGCUAGGGAGGCUGAGUUUGUUGCUCAAGCAGGGAGAAAAUAUGCAAUCACCAUAUCAACAAAUAUGGCAGGAAGGGGCACUGACAUAAUUCUAGGUGGAAAUCCUAAGAUGCUUGCCAGAGGAGUUAUCGAGGAUAGAUUGCAUCCUUUUGUCACUCAAACUGAUCUUGAUGCUGAGAAUGAUGGGCAGGCUAUGUCAUCGAAGGUUUUGUCCAAGAUUGUGUUGGGACCAUCUUCUCUAGCUUUAUUAGAAAGGACAACUCUAAUGGCUACUUAUGUACGCAAAAGCGAGGGAAGAUGGACAUAUCAGGAGGUAAAUUCUAUGAUUUCAGAUGCAGUGGAGAUGAGUCAGUCAAUGGAUGUGAAAGAGAUAAAGAAACUUGCUAAUGGACCAUUGGAAAUGUAUUGUCUUGGCCCUUCCAUUGCACUCACUUAUCUCUCAGUUCUAAAAGAUUGUGAAGUUCACAGUUUCAAGGAAGGAUUGGAAGUGAAAAAUCUAGGGGGGCUUCAUGUGAUUGGAACUUCACUUCACGAGUCCCGUAGAAUUGAUAAUCAGCUUCGUGGCAGAGCUGGCAGGCAAGGGGAUCCUGGAUCGACACGGUUUAUGGUGAGCUUGCAGGAUGAGAUGUUUCAGAAGUUUAAUUUUGACACUGCAUGGGCGGUAAAUCUUAUAUCAAGAAUCACAAACGAUGAGGAUUUGCCAAUUGAAGGUGAUUCAAUCGUUAAGCAGCUUCUUAUGCUACAAAUUAAUGCGGAGAAAUACUUUUUCAAUAUAAGAAAGAGCCUUGUAGAAUUUGAUGAAGUUCUAGAGGUGCAAAGGAAACAUGUUUAUGAUCUUCGUCAAUUAAUUUUAAUGGGGGAUUCUGAAUGUUCCUCUCAGCAAAUGUUUCAGUACAUGCAGGCUGUAGUAGAUGAAAUCAUUUUUGGAAAUGUCAAUUCAUCAAAGCAUCCAAGAAACUGGAAUCUGAGCAAGCUAUUGAUGGAUUACACGGAUAUUGCUGGGAAGUUACUGGAUGACUUCUCAGCAGGUAUUACUCAAGAAGCUUUGCUCAUAUCACUGGAACAAGUUUCAAAAUUGAGGUCUAUUAGUAUUAAUGACAGUAAUCUUCCUAAUUUGCCUUCACCUCCAAAUUCCUUUCGAGGUAUCCGCAUGAAAAACUCUUCACUUAAGCGCUGGCUUUCCAUUUGCUCUGAUGACUCAACAAAAGAUCAAAAAUACCGAGUAACUGCUAAUCUACUUCGCAAAUACCUUGGAGAUUACCUGAUUGCGUCAUAUUUAAACAUCGUACAAGAAUCUGGAUAUGAUGAUGCCUAUGUAAAGGAAAUAGAGAGAACAAUUCUUGUGAAGACUCUGGAUUCUUACUGGAGGGAUCAUCUUGUAAAUAUGAACAGACUCAGUUCCGCGGUGAAUGUGAGGAGCUUUGGGCACAGGAAUCCUCUUGAAGAAUACAAGAUAGAUGGUUGUCGAUUUUUUAUAUCAAUGCUCAGUGCCACACGGAGAUUAACUGUUGAAGCCCUGUUGCGGUAUUGGUCAUCUUCGAUGGAGUCGGGAGAAUUAUAUGUAUGAUAGCAGUGAAUGACUGAUGACCUUGGAAGAUAAAGAUCUUCGAUUAAUAAGUUCACUUCUGGUGGACAUAGAUUCCCUUCUUGCUUAAGAUAUAAGGUCUUCUGCAAAUAUUUUCUUGGAAAUCCGGAAUCCAUUCAGACUCUAAAAGAUGCUAGUGUUAAAAGUUUGUGGCAUUUGGUUCUAGAGUGUGGACAAAGGGAAUGCGAAGUCCACAUGUAUGUUUACCAAACGAAGCAGUCUUCUUUCUUUACCAGGAUCUAGCUCCUAAUUUGAACUGCAUAAUUAUCAACUGUGCUUUAUGAUGAUAAUGGCACUAGAGGCGCUUCAAGAUUGGUAGCCAAGAUAGGCAACCGACACAAUGGGUGGAUGACAUCCAAUCUUUAGUAAUGCUCAUGAUUGUCGUCAAUCUUUUCAUUUUACAUUCAUUUUCAAGUCUGUAAAUAUAAAAGAUUUUCCAAUACGAAGGAAAAUAAUGUAACAUUGAAGAAUACUGUAACCAAUAUUGCGACGUAUGUAAUCAUUUUUUUCCUUUUUUUGCCAA